CGAAAUGGCGACGAUGGGAAGCUGGAUAAUUCCGUGUAAUUUAUGUUAGGUUGUGAAGGAGCUCAGUUGUUUACAUGGAGUUUUCGAUGUUAAAAACGAGAAACUGUGUCAAACGUAAACUUAAGUCAAAUACUUAAAGAUAGAGAGUUCCUGUCAUCUGCAACACGACCUGCAUGAAUAUAGUCUUCAGAUUUCUUUGUGUUUUGGCUGUGGUUCUCUGAGGGAUACUUCAAGCUCAGGACUUACCUAAUGUGACAUCCUGUGCAAUGGAAGUUUUCCCGCCAGAUGAUCCACAGCCUGAAGAAGUGGGUAAUGCUCCCACACAACUGGAACAAAUGAAAGCUUGGGAUGACUUUACAAAACUUGAAAAAGUUUUACAAGCAGCAUGUGAGAACAAUGAUGUUCAUUCCAGUGUCAUUGAAACUAGUUCAAUACCCGCUUCAGAGAUUAAUGAUGAAACCUCCUUGAUCAAAUCUGAUAUUAAGAGAAAAUGGGAAGAAGAAAUUGUUGAUCCUCUAGAGUCAAAUUCUCACAAGCUAAAGCGGAUUAACGAUUUGGUGCUGACAUCAGAAGUUACCAUUGAGCUAGUAGAUCCUAAACAUGAAAAAUGUGAUAAUGCACCUGUUUCUAAUUUGUUGACUGACAUUGUGAAAUCUGAAACAGAACCAAAAUAUGACGAAUAUGCUUUUAGUUUACAACCAGAUAACGCACAAAUUGAUUCAAAAAAUUCAUUAGAAUUCAUUAAAAUUGAACCAAAAUCUGGUACAAAUUUAUCGAGGGAUCUGAUACAAAUUCAUGAUAUCAAAAAUAAUAUUGAGGAAAGCAAAGCAAAUAUUUUUUCUGAUGGCGGAAAAGAUACUAUGGCUGAAGAUGACUCUCAUUUGAAAUUGGAAACUGCUCAAGAUGUGAAAAGUGAGAAGAGCUGUACAGAAAAAACAAUAAAAAAUGAGACCAAUUUUUGCCUUGCAGAAAAUGCUUUAGUAAAAUCUGAAGAUAGAGAACGGUUUAAGCUCCCUGAAUCUGAAUCUAUGCUAACAGAUUCAUCAAGUCAUACGUCAGAUGUUUCUAACAACUUGGUUGGAUGCUGUUUAUCUGAUGAUGAAGAUAAAAUUUCGAAUCAUGACAAUGGGAAUGCAAACUGUACAGACAGUUUGGAAAAGAAGAAAGACAAAAAAGAGAAAAAAGAGGAGCUCUCAGACAAAUGCCCCAAAAAAGAAGAUAAACUCUUAAAAAAGAAGAAAUUUGAGCGUUGCAAUAUAAGGGACAUUAAGCUUGAAGAUGAGCUGGAUGCUGUUACACUUUCAGCUCAAAAAGAAGAGCAAGAACGUAUAAGACGGCUUCAAGAAGCUCAGAUGAGAGCAUUGCAAGAAAGACUGCAACAAAUAGAAGUAGAAAAGGAAGCUCUUACUCAACUGUUUAGCCAGCCACCUACUGAUGCUUCCAAUUUGUUUGAUUCUACGUCUUUCAGCGAGUCUGAGUUGUCAAGUGAUGAAAAGAAGACUGUUGUUAAGAGAGAAAAUGAUGUUGUUCUUGUUGAAAGCAGUGAGGAGGAUAAAGCUAAACUUCAAACUGUCAUUCAAGCUCCAACAGAAGAUAAUAUCAUUGAUAUCUCAAGUUCUAGUUCUGGGAAUGAAAGUGACAGUGAAGAUUCUGAGAAAAAAGAUGAUGAUAUUAUGGUUCUUAGUGACGAAGGCGAAGUUGAAGCAGAUGGUACUGCUGAAGAUCCAAACAAUAGUGGAGCACAUACAAAUGACUGUUUUAAUCUGCCAGAUGAGGAAGGGAGAGUUUUAGUAAAUGUUGGUCAUCCUCCUGAAGACCCUGAUAUAUUUCUAGCUCCUCAAAUUGCAAAAGUUAUAAAGCCACAUCAAAUUGGUGGCAUCCGUUUUCUUUACGACAAUGUUGUAGAAAAUUUAGAUCGAUAUAAAUCAUCCAGUGGUUUUGGCUGUAUACUUGCUCACAGUAUGGGACUUGGUAAAACAGUUCAAGUUGUAUCAUUUGUAGAUGUCUUUUUGAGGCAUACUCCUGCAACUUUGGUUUUAUGUAUUGUACCUAUUAAUACAAUUCAAAAUUGGAAAGCCGAAUUUGACAUGUGGGUUCCUGCAUCUAACUGUGUGGAAGAUUCACAAGUGUUAAGUGGAGAAAUAAGACCUAGAGACUAUAAUGUGUACACACUGAAUGAAAAUUUUAAAACAAUGGCUGCCAGAGCUGCUUUAAUAGCUGAAUGGAGGAAACAAGGAGGUGUGUUAUUAAUGGGAUAUGAAAUGUACAGGAUGUUAGCAUUAAGGAAAAUGCCGAAAAUGCCUAUUAAAAAAAGUAAAAGACUAAAGAAACAAGAGCUUCCAAUAGAACCAGAAACUAAUGAGCAAAUAAAGAAACAUAUGGAUGAAAUGUAUGAACACAUUGUAAUACCAGGUCCUGAUCUUGUGAUCUGUGAUGAAGGGCAUCGAAUCAAAAAUAGUCUUGCUAGUACCUCUAUGGCUUUAAAAAGUAUUAAAACUAGACGAAGAGUGGUUUUAACUGGUUAUCCACUUCAAAAUAACUUGCUUGAGUACUGGUGCAUGGUGGACUUUGUGCGUCCUAAUUAUCUUGGAUCAAGAGCAGAAUUUUGCAAUAUGUUUGAACGACCUAUAUCAAACGGUCAAUGUAUUGAUAGUACACCUAGAGAUCGCCAGUUGAUGAGAUUUCGAUCUCAUGUUCUUCACAGUUUAUUAGUUGGAUUUGUUCAAAGGAGAGGUCAUUCUGUUUUAAGAGCUGUUCUUCCCAAGAAAGAAGAACAUGUACUGCUUAUAAGAAUGACUCCUAUUCAAAGGCAGCUAUAUAAAUGCUUUGUGAAAGAUUUGCUAUAUGUCCAACAAGCUACAAAUCCUUUAAAAUUGUUUGCUGUAUGCUGUAAAAUUUGGAAUCACCCAGACAUUCUGUAUAAAUUACUACAGGAGAAAAAGGCACAAGAGGAUAUUGAUUUAGAUAUUGAUAUAACUGUGGCUUCAAGUCCUGCUCUUUCUGGAGUAAAUUGCAGUUUGAGAAAAAGAGGUGUUGGCCAAAAUAAAACCAAAAUGAUGCAGAGACCUUUGAAAUCUUUACCUAAACUUUUAAAGGUGCAGCCAAAUCUAAACAUGACAGCUGACAGUAUUAAAUCUGAAGUUGUGGAUUGCAGUCAAGGAAGCCUUCAACAGAUGUCUGAUGAUGUGAAAUUCAAUUCCUUAGAUGUUUGUAAAAAUAAUUAUGCAAUGAAGUCUCAAAUUACACCAGGGCAUAAAGAUUUCUGUCAAGAAGGAUCUCAGCAAACUUUUCUCAAUCAAUUUUCAAAAAAUACUCUACCUCAACCAUUUUGUCAAACAAACUAUCCUCAUUCUUCUGGUAAGGCAUAUGUAAGCAAUCCUCAGAAUACAAAUAGUUAUAUACAACAAAGUAAUAUUGUAUCAUCUCGGCAGUUUUCAACGCAAACAUCUCAGCAACCAUUAAGUCAAGCACAAUAUCCUCCACCAUCUUUACUACAAACAAGUUUCGAGCAGUCUCAAAAUCAAUAUCCACUUGUUCAAUCUCAGUUCAGUAAUGAAACCAAUGAACUAGAUAAAAUUAAUUAUCCUUCCUCUCAGCCAAAUUUUCCAACAAAAGCGAUGCAGUCGUUUCCUUCACAAAGUGAAAACAACUCCCAUUAUUCCCAGCAGUCUGAAACACAUAAACAGUUUCCCCAAAGUUUAUCACAAUUCUCAUCUCAACCGGAUGAUAAUCAGGAUAUAAAUUAUCCCUCAUCUCCUCAAUCUUCAAAUCAAAAGUUUUUGAAGUCAUCUUCACAUUCUCAUGUAUCAACUCCACAACAGACAUAUGGAACUCAAUCGGAGCAACAGUAUUCUCAACAAGCAUAUCCUUCAACCUCUAAGCAGUUUGGUGAAGAGCAAUCUUUGCAAUUCUCCCAACAGUCACUUACUAGUGGUUCCACAUCUCACAACUCUCAACAAGUACCUUAUCCUCAAAUGGCAAAUCAAUCACCUAUUGCAUCAGACCGUUCUUCUGAUCAUACUUUGUCCUCAGAUUCUGUUUAUCAACCAACUCUACAGCAUUCUCAGUUUCCAGUUAGUCAUCCACCCCAGUCAUACUCUGAAUCAUCUCCCCCAUUAUCCCAGCAGCAGUUUUCCCAGCAAGCUUCAUUUCCUCAACAUCCUUCAUCUCAGCAGACAUCUCAACAGCCAACAUCUCAGUCUUCAGCUGUACAGCCACAAUUUUCACAGUCGUCUACAAACCAACAAAUGUAUUCUCAACAGUAUGGUCAGCCAUCUCCAGAGUUUUCUCAAACAUCAUCUCCACAGUUUCAGCAGCAAAACCUUCAAUCAUUUCCAAUUUCUCAAAACAUUCAGCCUCAAUUUGCUUCUAAUACUCAAUCAUACUCUGAAACUUCUCCAAAUUAUCCACGACAGUCAUCACCUUCAUCAGUUUCUCAGCAAACAUUUUCUCAAUCAUUCUUACAAGGAAGCUCUGAAUAUUCUCAGCAGUCUUCUCACCAGUUUUCUCAACAAAGCUCUACAAGUCAAACUUUUUCUAAUUCAUCACUGCAACAUUUUAAUCAACAGACAAUACAGACAGGAAAAUAUGUCGGUAAUACAGAUCAGCAGAAUUCUUUUCCAUCACAAGCACCCACUGAUGGGCAUUUGCAGUUUUCUCGAUCACCUCAAUCUUCUGGUCAAAAACAAGUCUCUGAUUCUUCCGUUGUGGGAGGAAACAAACAACAAAUAUUUUCACAAGCCACUUAUCCUUCAGCUUCUCAACAAUCUUCUGACUCACAGUACCCUCAAAUUGGACAAAAUCCUGGAUUUGAUUCACAAACAUCACAGUCCAAUGCAUUUCCUCAAACACCUGGAAAUUCAACACAGUAUGCAUCUCAGUCUUCAGAGCAAUUCUCACAACAAGCAUCGAACUCUAAUCAGUUUCACCAACAAGCAAAUAACCAAACUCCAAAAUAUUCUCAACAAACUUUACAGUGUUCUCAUCAACCAGCUAGCCAACAGUAUACUCAACAAGUGAAUCAAUCGCCUAAUUAUAGCCAACAACCGGCACAGAAUUCUCAAACCUUUCCUCAGCAAACAGUUUCAGCUCAAUUUGCUUCAUCACCUCCAAAAUCUCCAUUCAAACAAUCUAAUCAAAGUCAAAUUUCUGUUCCAAGCAGUCCCACAUGUUAUCAACAAGUGUCGCAAGCAUCAGCACCUCAACAGCCUACCCAAAAUAUAUCUCAGUUUUCACAAGUUACUUCGUUUCCUCAACAAUCAUCUCAAGUUCAGUCAUUUUCAGCUCAUGGGUCACAAUAUCAUCAACAGUCUGUCCAGUCAUCGCAGCAGUUUAAUCAUACAACAUCACAGUCACCUCAACUGUAUCCUCAACAUCCUGCACAAUCUCCUCAGCAAUUUAAUCAACAAAGUAAUCAGCAUUCGCAUUAUAACUCACAGGUUUCUCCUACUGCUCGGUCUCCUCAAAAUUUCUCUCAACAAAGUAACCAAGCGCAGGAAUUCACUCAGCAACCUAAUCAAUCAUCAGGCCAAGUACAUAAUAAUCAGCAGUCUCAUUCUCCUCAACAGAAAGCUGUACCACCAUUCAAUGCAUCACAACAAAACUCCUCUCAGCAAUUCAGCCAGCAACAGUCUCAAUCUUCAGAGUUUAACCAUUUAGAAAAUUUAAAUGCUCAGCAUGGUAAUCAGAUCUCUCCUUCAGCAAUACAUAUUAAUCAAUCGCCCAAUCAAAGUUCACAACAAUUUAACCAGCAAGAAAAUCAGGCAUCACAAAUAUGUAACCAACAAGCAGUUCAAAAUUCUCAGCAUUUCAGUCAGCAGACAAACCAAGGUUCACAAAUAUACACUCAGCAAACAAGCCAAUCCCCUCAACAAUUUAAUCAGCCAACAAAUCAAAUUUCUCCCCAUGUAAAUCAACAAGCUAAUCAACAAUAUGCUUCAAAUAAUCAAACAUCUCAAAACUGCAAUGAGCAAACAAAUUUAAAUCAGCCAUAUAAUAUUUCAGCAAAUCAGACAAACCAAAUGUAUAGUUCAUCACAUCAGACAUACAAUCAGCAGGUUGAACCAUCACAGACUUACGUUCAACCAUCGGGUCAAUCAGAUCAACAAUAUGCUAACAACAGUCAACAUUCUCAGCAGUUUAAUCAGCAUUCAAAUCAGACAUCUCCACAAUAUACUCAGAAAGUUCCAUCAAAUUCUCAGAGCUAUACCCAAGUACAAUGUCAGUCCUCUCAACAAUAUUCACAGCAACCAUCUCAGUCUCCGCAGCAAUUUAAUCAACAACCAGUUCAAUCACCACAAUUCACACAACCCGUUCAGUCUCCUUUACAAUAUUCCCAACAACCAGCUCAGUCACCUAAACAGUAUUCUCAACAAGCUACCCAAUCACCCCAACAAUAUCCACAACAGCCUGCCCAAUCACCCCAACAAUUUCCUCAACAAUCUGCCCAAUCACCACAACAAUUUCCUCAACCGCCUGCCCAAUCGCCCCAACAAUUUUCGCAACAACCUGCCCAAUCGCCCCAACAAUUUCCACAACAACCUACUCAACCACCCCAACAAUUUCCACAACAACCUGCCCAAUCAACCCAACAAUUUCCACAACAACCUGCCCAAUCAACGCAACAAUUUCCACAACAACCUGCGCAAUCACCCCAACAAUUUCCACAACAACCUGCCCAGUCUCCUCAGCAGUUCACCCAGCAACCUGUGCCAUCACCUCAACAAUUUUCUCAGCAGCCCUUGCAAUCUCCUCAGCAGUUUUCACAACAAACAGUGCAAUCUCUUCAACAUUUUACUCAACCAGCGCAAUCACCGCAACAUUUUACUCAGCCAGCACAGUCACCCCAGCAGUUUUGCCAGCAGCAAAUUCCAUCUCCACAACAGUUUUCCCAACUUACCUCGCCAUCUCCUCAACAGUUUUCGCAACCCACUACUCCAUCUCCUCAGCAGUUUUCACAACCUACUACCCCUUCUCAGCAGUUCUCACAGCCUGCUGCUCCAUCUCCACAACAAUUUUCUCAACAAUCAGUAAAUUCACCCCAACAAUUUACUCAACAAGCCACUCAGGCACCUCAAUUUAAUCAGCAAUCCAUCCCAUCAUCUCAACAAUUUUCUCAGAGUGCAUGCUCACCUCAACAGUUUUCACAGCAGUCAUCUCAAUCAGUUUCAACCCCACAAUUUCCUCAUCAGUCUACUCCUCCAACAACAACUCAAUCAUUUUCACAGUUAGCAAAUUCUCCAUAUAAGCAGCCAAUAAGGUCUGGACAAACUGCUUCUUUUUCAGUUCCACAGCAACAAAGUGUUCAGUCUUCUCAGUAUUCUAAUUCAUUUUCUCAGCCUGUGAACCAAGCUUCAGUGAAAGGAAGUUUUCAGGCAGAGUACCAAAAUCAGUUGCUUUCUAAUUCUCCAACUACACAAACCCAAGGUUUAGUUUCUCAAAAUAGUAAAUCAACUCAAAGAGGAUCAAAAAGCAAACAAGGACGUGCCAAGACAUUAGGACCACCCUUGCUUCCUCAGUCCAAUGUUCAGCAUUCUGUAAAGCAGCCUCCAUCAUUUUCUGUGCAAGCUUUUCAAAAUGGCAAUUCUGCUGCAAAUGUUUCACAAAAAAUGGGACAUUCUCCAAAGCAAUUCCAAAAUAGUACAAAAAGUACAUUUCAGCCUCUAAAUGCAUCUCUUUCUAAUCAGCAGAACUAUUCAAUUCAACACAUCAAACAAGAUUCUGCUGGUGUAUACUCUUCAAAAUGUUCUAAAGCUGUACUUCAGCCAAUGAACUGUCAAGGAGUGACACAUGAUGCUGUUGGAGUUCAACAGCAACAGAUGCAACCCAAUCAACUAAAAACUGAAUCAUCUGUGAUGGACAGCGAUCAACAAAGUAAUUCUGCUGAAACAGCAGUUGCUCCAUUUCGAGAAAGGAUAGAUUCUUCUAUUAACUAUGAGUGGGCUGUUCCAAUAAUGAAAGAUUAUGUCUUGGGAGUUUUGGAAAAUAGCCAUAAGAUGAUGGUUCUUUUUGUUAUAAUUGCUGAAACAUUAAACAUGGGGGAUAAGUUGUUAGUCUUUAGCCAGUCUCUCUCAACACUUGAUCUCUUGGAGCACUUUUUGAGCAAAAUUCAAAUACCCAAAAAAAUAGAAGAUCCUGACCAUAUGGGUAAUGAGACCUGGUGCCGUAACAAGAAUUAUUUCAGAUUGGAUGGAAGUACUUCUGCCCAAGAAAGAGAAAAACUGAUCAAUGAAUUUAAUCGUAAUGACAAUGUGUCUCUGUUUUUGCUUUCAACACGAGCUGGUUGCCUUGGAAUAAAUUUAGUUGGAGCAAAUCGUAUUGUUGUUAUGGAUGCUUCAUGGAAUCCUUGCCAUGAUGCACAGGCAGUCUGCAGAAUUUAUCGUUAUGGCCAAAAGAAGCAGUGCCAUAUAUAUAGGUUAGUCACCGAUAACAGCUUAGAAAAACGCAUCUAUGACCGGCAAGUGAAUAAGCAAGGAAUGUCAGAUCGAGUUGUGGAUGAAUUAAAUCCUGAAAGCAAUUUCACUUGGAAAGAUGUAACUACUCUGAUACAGGAUGAUGAAGAUGAUGGCCCAGUUUCAGAACUGUCUAAAUUUGCUGCCUCAUACUCUGACAAAGUUUUAAAGUAUUUAGUUUCUGAAAUGAGUCCUAGUUUGAGCAAAGAACCAUUUGAGCAUGAAUCCCUCUUGUUGGAUCGCAAAGAUUUGAAAUUGACAAAGCAAGAAAAGAGACUAGCAAAGCAAAGCUAUGAAAUGGCUAAAAGAGCUAAUAUGAUAAAUAUUCGUACAACAUACACAUAUUUACCUGCUGGAGCAGCUGGUGGUGGACAAUUUAUCAUCAAUAAUAAGCAAUGUCAAUGGGUUGGUGGUACUACCAUUCGUGUUUUACCAAACCAGUCAUCUGGAGGUGGUGCUUUACGAUCUGGAACAACAGCAACACCUAUCACAGCUUCACAGUCUCUCAUGAGUAGUCUUUUUAAACAAGGUGUUAUGGUACAAAAACUUACUAUGCCUUCAAAUGUGAGUAUUCCUGUACUUACACCUGGAGCUCCACCAGUUGUCAUUCCUGCUGGUCAGGAUGUACUGGUUCUCAGAACACCAAAAGGUGUAUAUCUUCGAUUGCCAGAUGGUCGCAUCAUUGCUGUACAGUUACCUCCUAGUCUCUUGGCAAAAACUCAAUUUCGCCCGAAUGUUGUCACCCAUUUUCGACCUGCAGCACCUAAAGAAUCCUGCUCCCAAAAGCACUUUUAG